AUGUCGUACAAAAUGUUACGGAACUCAAUAAAAUUGCUUAAAACUGGGAAUCAUUGCAAACUUCUGAGUGCGGUAAGGUACAGGGAUCCUGAUGUUAGGAGUUUUAUUACGAUAACACAAAACUAUACUGAAAAUUUUCAAACAAACAAGAUAAAACCUUUUAUUUUAAAAACGGAUGUCCGUACAAUGUUUAUCCAAACUCAAGAAACUCCGAACCCUAACAGCCUAAAAUUCCUUCCUGGUACAAAAGUGUUGGAGCCUGGUCAAACAUUGGAUUUCCCUAAUAUAGGAGCAGCUCACUGUAGUCCUCUAGCUAAAAUGCUAUUUCGCAUUGAAGGUGUGAAAGGAGUGUUUUUUGGAUCUGAUUUUGUCACAAUCACAAAACAAGAUGAUGAUGUAGAUUGGAAGCUGGUUAAACCUGAAGUAUUUGCUACAAUAAUGGAUUUCUUUGCUAGCGGCUUACCUGUUGUUACUGACGCUAAACCUUCGGGAGAUACACAAAUAAAUGAAGAUGAUGAUGAAAUAGUACAAAUGAUAAAAGAACUGUUGGAUACAAGAAUCAGACCGACGGUUCAAGAAGAUGGUGGUGAUGUUCUGUUUGUGGACUUCAAGGAUGGUGUUCUAAGACUCAAAAUGCAAGGAUCCUGCUCGUCAUGCCCCAGCUCCAUUGUGACUUUGAAAAAUGGGGUCCAAAACAUGAUGCAGUUUUAUAUCCCUGAAGUUUUAGCCGUUGAACAAAUAGAUGACGAAGGGGACAAGCUUAGUGAAAAAGUUUUCAAAGAAUUUGAGCAGCUGAAGAAUAAACAGAAGAAAGAAUAG